AUGGAAAAGAGUGCUCUCGACUUGUAUGUGAAAGCCGUCAAGGAGGGUAAACGUUGUGAUAAUGGUUUCAAGACCGAAACCCACCAAUGGGCAGCUGCUGAGCUCGGAAAGGAGUUCCCUGAGUAUGAUUUUACUGGUCAAAAGGUUAAAUCUAAGUUGAACCAAAAUAUCACGAGCUAUGUGUUAUUUUUAGUGGGAAUGCCGCAACAGGAAGGUUGCGUCGGGGCACUAACGCCGACGUUCACGAGGACAAUCCCGACGCAGCGAAUGGGACUCUACCUCGAACGGGCACUCAGCAGCGUGGUGUGCGUCCCCAUCGCUCGCACCGCAGGACCUCUGGUGAUGCCUUCGAAUCAUCAAUUCAAUCCGUAG